UAAUUUCGGAACAAAUGACGAGUGCUUCUUUUUUUAAGUUAAGAGAAGUAUUUCUUUAACUACAUCUUUAAAAGUCGAAAAAUGUUAAACAAUUAUAAUCGGAAAAAGAAGCACGAUACUGUUUUUUUAAAUGUGAAACCUGCAGCGAAUGGAAUUGGUGUUCGAAAAUAUUCGAAUGGAAUAUUAGAUCGAAUAGACAGUGGUUUCGGGGUAAACUAUGAUAAUGAGAAACGAGCUAGUCGACAUUCAGUGGGUACCAUCGAUUCCAUGAAUCAGCAAUUUAUACCUAACAUAUUUUUUAGAAAUUUGGCACCAGUGAAAUGGUUUUUAAGUGUUAUCGGCGUUCUGCCAAUGACACGUCCUGGACCGGGUAAUGCAAAAUUUACGAUAGGCUCGUUGGCAUUCGUCUAUUCGAUUUUAACUUUUACCCUCUUAACGCUAUAUGUGGUGUACGUGGCAAAUAAUCGGAUACGUAUAGUAACUUCUUUGAGUGGACCCUUUGAGGAGGCUGUAAUUGCUUAUUUAUUUUUGGUGAAUAUUUUGCCCAUAUUUCUUAUUCCGCUUUUAUGGUGGGAGACCCGGAAAAUUUGCGUCCUCUUAAAUGACUGGGAUGAUUUUGAGAUACUCUAUUAUCAAAUAUCGGGUCACAGUGUACCGUUACACUUACGACGUAUAGCCGUAACGGUAACAGCAGCCUUACCUCUGCUUUCGGUUAUAUCGGUAAUAAUAACACACGUUACCAUGGCCGAUUUUCAACUAUCUCAGGUUAUACCAUAUUGUAUUUUGGACAAUUUAACUGCUAUGUUGGGUGCCUGGUGGUAUCUUAUAUGCGAGGCUUUGAGUAGAACAGCAAAUAUUUUGGCUGAACGAUUUCAGAAGGCCUUACGUCAUAUCGGUCCGGCUGCAAUGGUAGCGGAUUAUCGGGCUCUUUGGUUACGAUUAAGCAAAUUGACUCGAGAUACGGGAACUGCGACCUGUUACACAUUCACCUUUCUGAAUGUAUAUCUGUUUUUUAUUAUCACUUUGUCAAUUUAUGGAUUAAUGUCGCAACUGUCAGAGGGAUUUGGCAUCAAAGAUAUUGGUCUUGCAAUUACUGCCGUUUGGAAUGUUUGUCUCCUAUUUUUUAUCUGCGAUCAAGCUCAUUAUGCUUCAUUCAAUGUGCGUACGAAUUUUCAAAAAAAGCUACUUAUGGUCGAGUUAAAUUGGAUGAAUUCAGAUGCACAAACCGAAAUUAAUAUGUUCUUGCGUGCCACUGAAAUGAAUCCAUCAAAUAUCAAUUGUGGCGGCUUUUUUAAUGUAAAUCGAAACCUAUUUAAAGGGUUAUUAACAACUAUGGUAACAUAUUUAGUCGUUUUAUUGCAAUUUCAAAUUAGUAUUCCAACGGAAAUUCACAAUACUUACGUUAAUAUGACGCUUGACGGUGAUGAUUACGAUGAUGACCUAUUAACGAAUGCUAUCAUAACCACAACGACUACAAUUGCGCCUAUUAAAGGACGGAAGGGUUAA